AUGAUCUUCGCUGUCGUCCUGAUUUUGCUAUUCACCACCUUUGAAGAGACGCUCUUCCCACGCUUUUUGUUCGAACAGGACCAAAAUUACCCAGACACAGACACCUCCCACAAGAAGGAUAUUGACACGACAGCAUCCCUGCACGAGGUCGAUAGCACCUCGGAAGUGUCCUACCAUUUCCCCAAACGGACUUACCGCCAACGCCUGAAGCCAUGGGUCCAUUUCCCACAAGACAAGACGACGUACUGGCAAUACUUCAGACGCCCGUUCAUGCUCUUCCUCUUUCCCAACAUCGUCAUUGCAGGGGUCAUAUUUGCCUUUGGCUGCACGGCAGGCAUCGUCUCGUUCGGCACCAUUUCCCGCAUCACCUCCGAACCACCGUAUAACUGGUCCACCACCUCCACGGGCCUUAUCUACCUGGCCACUCUGGCGGGUAACAUUGUUGGGUGGGCAACAGGUAUGUCCAGUGACUUUAUCGUCAUGCGCCUUGCACGCCGCAACAACGGUAUCAAGGAAACGGAAAUGUGCCUGUGGGCAUUAUGCGCUUCCUUCGUCUACGCUGCUAUCGGCUACAUGCUUUAUGGAUGGGGAGCGCAUUUUGGCAUGCAUUGGAUCACUAUUGCAAUAGGCUUGGGCUGCAUGAUUGCGCACCAGGUAUCUGCCUGCUCUGUAGCCACAGCCUAUGCUAUGGAGUGUUUUCCGGGAAUAUCUGGGGAGUUAGUAGUGGUUCUCUCGAUAUGUUCAUCUGUGAUUAACUUCCCACUCUCCUUCACGGUGCAGCAGGUUGUCGAUACGACGGGGUUUGGAUAUGCGUUUGUGUUUUAUGGGUUCUGCGUGCUAACGUCCAUGGCCGCCGCGAUCCCCGCGGUCAUGUAUGGAAAGUCAUGGCGUCGUCGAGCUGCUCCGAAAUGGCAAAAAUGGCUUGCCGAAAGAGGCCGCGUCGACUAA